AUGACCACACCGACGUCCGACAUUCCGGGCGUGGUGGAACCGGUUACCGUACGGGUGAAUGACUCCACCGAACCAAAUCAGAGUACCGGAUACAUCACACUAACCGUACCGACGAUCGUGGAAGAUCUGCAGGACGCGGACGGACGACCGUCAACACCGAGCACCUAUCAAAAGCGUCCCGCCUCGGUCUACUCGACCGGGCGGGCACCACCAAUCAUCCGUGCCGUCUCGUAUCAACCGUCCAUUGCGGCGACCUCCGCCCACAACUCCGCCGACCAUCACGUGCCGCCACCCUCAACGGACAAGGAAAAGUCCAAGUUUACCCGCCGCUAUCUGGCCGGCGUUACCGGCAUCAGCUACGCCCUGUUUCUGAUCGUGUUCGGGCUGAUCGCGUUCAUCACCGACGCGGUGGAGAACAACGCGCGUUACCCACUGGCGGAGGUGUUCGCGCUGUACAUGGUGGCGACCGGCAUCCUGUACUUCGUGUUCCUGUACAUCGACAUCCGGCUGUACGUGGCGAGGGCGCAGAAAGCGCUGGAGGAGUUGCAGCGCCGCCGGCAGCUGUACGACGAGCAGAUGGAGUCGGUGACGCUUGGUAAUGGGGGUGGCCCGCUGGAGUUGCCGGGGGUGACUACCCGUCCGGCACAGCCGGCCUGGGAGUUGCCACCGUUGAAGCCGAUCCGGCACGACUACUGCUUCGUGACGGGGCGGCACGGCGAAAUCAUCUACCUAAAGCUCGGCGCGACGUGGUUCUGCUUCGGGUUGCUGAUCCACUCGGUACUGCUGCUCUCCUACCAGGGCAUCCUGAUGAACAGCCGGGACGGCAAAUGGGCGCAGUGUGCGUCCAACACCACCAUCGCGAUGGAGGUGCUGUUCCUCUUCUACUGUCUGUUUCUGGUGUUUUUCUUCUGGAAGUACGCGAACAUCGUGAUCAACCGGUACCGCGGGCUGGCUCGGUUUGGUAUUAUGCACGCGAUCGGCACGGCACUCGCGUUUUGGGUGCUCACGAUCGUGCGCGAAACGGUAGUUGCGAUACGGAUCAAGCAGUCGUACUACGACGACGAUGCGCCGCCGGUGGAAGCGAUGGCCGAAGGGGAUGGACGCGACGCGUCCAUGAUCGCACCGGCCGACUGUCCCGGUCCGGAAGAGCUGAACCAGGUGUUGGCUUCCUUCUCGCCCUACCUGUACCCGUUCGUGAUCGAGUUCAACAUCCUGAUCGUGGGGCUGCUGUACAUGAUCUACGCGAACAUCAGCAAAUGCCCGAAGAAGAUUACGGUGAAAGGCCACAAGGGGCACCAUCACCAUGGGGACGGUACGGCCUCGAAAGCGGGUGGCAGCGUGAUGGACUUUGAUGGCAAGAGCGAGUGCAGUGAGCACUGCAACGAUACGCUAGACCACGAGGCGCAGGUGAAGUCGCGGCUGGUCGUGUACGGUGACUGUCAGCAUGCGAGCCGUGGACUGUUUGCCGGACUGCUGCUGGUCGUCGCCACCAUCGUCGUCAUCAUACUGUUCCACAUCGCGUCGCGUGAUGAUGAUUACCGUGAUACGGGCAUCCUGCUGGACGGUAUCUUCGAGGUGACGGUCUUAGGCAUCAUGAUCCUGGCAACCGUUGCCGCGUAUUACCAAACGUCCCGGCUCGACAUCAACCCGCACCCGAUAUCGCGUCUGGAUGAUGUGCUGUUGUUCAUCGCCAUACCCGCCUUCUUCUCGGAGACGCUGUUCAGCAUGAUACCGGCGUUCGAGAACAGCUCGAUACUGAACGGGUUCAUCGUGUUUACGCAGAUCGUGCAGGUGCUGCUGCAGACGCCGUGGAUCUGCGAUGCGCUCCGGCGCUGCUCCAACACCGAGGCGCUGCAGCGGCAGAAACCGGGCAAGGAGCUGGUCACCUUCAUGACGAUCGCGAACGUGUCGCUGUGGGUGUACUACACGUUCUCGGUGAAGACGGGCGACUUUGGGGACGAGCGGUACGACUACUACGGUGAUGUGCUGUGGUCGAUACUGAACCACCUGUCGCUGCCGCUCAUCAUGUUCUACCGGUUCCAUUCGUCCGUGUGUCUGGUGGACAUAUGGCGCCACUCGUACGAACCGGGCGAGAUGGCCCACUGA